AUGCCAACUCUUCAGGGUCUGUUGGCUAGUAUGCAUUUGCUCAGUCGGUGCAAACCAGAACUGUUUCGGAUGCACUGUGAAUACCUAAUCAACUUGUUGCGUAAAGCCCCACUAGCUGCGCUCACUCCCACACCAAACACGGUGGUUGCCAGUUCUACUAAUUCACCGGCCUCGUCAAUACAGGGUAGUGAUACCCUCCUGGGAUUGGAUGCUCAAUGCCUCUAUCAUUUAAUCAGCGUGAUUGAAAUGACCCUGUUAUCGAUUUCUUCGGAUCCUGAUCGUGAUGCUGUGGAUUCUAGCCAUAUCAGUGCUCAUCGACUCACUGAUCUCCAAUUGGAUUUGGUGCGAUUGAUUCAACGCCAAGGUCGGCUCGUGGUUGACUCUGCCUUGUCUUGUCUCGCAACCUUGACCAAUCGCGUGCUGAAAGAACACACACAAAUUGUUGUUUGCUUUGCUCAGUUCUACGGCCGGAAACAUGUUUGGAAACGUCCGAAACAACAAUCGUUCUAG